CCGACACUCACCAGGGAGAGUAUGUGUGUGUGUGUGUGUGUGUGUGUGAGUGACUGCGUCUGUCUGUCUGUCCAGUCUCAUCACCACUCCCUUGGAAUUCUCACCAGGAAAAAAAUUGUGUUUAGAAAAAAAAUAUAGUAUGAUAUAUGCAGAGAAGUGUAUAACUUUGUAUAAUAUAGAAACCAUCGUCAAGAGAGUUGCAAAACGAGUGAAUAACUUAGUGAAUAAACAUGCAGUACAUUAUAUGAGUGAAUAUAAUGAAUGAAAAGUAUCGGUAAUGGAUAUAUGAAAUAGUGAAUGACUUAAAAUACCUACAAUGAAUAAGUAUAAGAACAAACGUAUUUAUAAUUAUAUUAUAAUGCGCUUAUCACAGGUAAAAUCCUAAAGACAUUCAUUAUUACUAUGUACGGUGAAGAGCUAAAGGAUAUCCAUCAAGUACACCAGCAGGAGGCGAAGCGCAGCAGGAUAUCACACACACAGGACUCUUAACUGAGGAGUCAUGACGCAUUCCAAGUCCUAUGUUGUCAACAAGUCCAAAGGGGUGGACGGCGGGUUAUACCUGCCCCGGGGACCAUGUGGAGAUGACAAGUUCAGGGGCGAAGCUACGGGAGAUUAUAUGUUGGAUCUGCUCGAACGAAUGUCCAAUUACCGCAUUGAUGACCAACGGUGUUCCCUCCCCCACCCCAUUCACCACCCUCAGGUAAAGCUAUACAAGGGCGAGUGUGGCCACUGUCGCUGUGUUCAGGGUAUGCGCGAGGGGCCUGGCAAGCCUCCCCCAGACAAGGAUGAAACGCCCUCCAAGACAUCCUCGAGGAACCGCCUAGAGGAAGUGCUAGCCAAACCUGGACCUUUCCCCCAGGUGGUGCUGCCAUCUACCGGGGAGUACUGGGAUGAGAACACGACGGACGCGGACCACCAGUACGUCAACAACAACUCUAACAACAAGUUUGAGACGGAUGAGACGGCCACCUACUACCGCCGCUACUUCCUGGGCAACGAGCACUGGACCUUCUUCGGUGAGGACGAGGUUCACGGCCCUGUGGUGGUGAGUCAUAAGAGGGAAGUUAUCAGCUCUCAGGAGAACUUCCGCGUCCUCCUCCGCCUCAAGUCUGGCACCCACCACGCCACCAUCAUCAACCUCGGCGACAAGCUCACACCCGCCAAGAUGGUCAAGAGGCUGAAGGAGGAGCUGACAGUUGAACGUUUCCACCCAGUGGUAACUCCUGAGGGGCCAGAGCUGAUCUUGGCCUUUGAUGAGCAUGUCCUCAAGAACCACUUCAAGUUUGGCCUCAUCUACCAGCGCUUCAGCCAGACCAUGGAGGAGCAACUCUUCAGCAACAGGGAUCAGACGCCUGCCCUCAAGGAGUUUCUUAACCUUAUGGGUCAAAGGGUCAAGCUUAGAGACCAUGAAGGAUUUAAGGGUGGGCUCGACACCCAGUUUGGUCAGACAGGGGAGGAGAGCAUGUAUGAGAGAUUCCGAGAAAAGGAGAUCAUGUUCCACGUCUCAACUCUACUGCCCUACAAAGAUAAUGAUCCACAGCAGCUGGAGCGUAAGCGACACAUUGGCAAUGACAUGGUUGCAAUUGUGUUCCAGGAAUCCAACACCCCCUUUGCUCCUGAUAUGAUUGCCUCUCACUUCCUUCAUGCCUACAUUGUCGUCCAGCCCAUUGACUCCUGCUCACCCAACACAAGGUACCGUGUGAGCGUGACAGCGAGGUCUGAUGUCCCAUUUUUUGGACCCACCCUCCCUCCCACGGCAAUCUUUGAAAAGGGUCCACAGUUCAAAGAGUUCCUCCUUACCAAGCUUAUCAAUGCUGAGAUUGCCUGUUAUAAGGCUGAGCGAUUCGCUAAGUUAGAGAACCGUACACGAUCUUCACUACUGGCCGCUCUCGUGGAUGACUUGAAGACUAAAUCCAAUGAAUUCCUGGGAGUAUCAAAAAUCCCAGAGACACCAAAGGUGGAGACAACUGGUAACAAGUUCAGGGAGAUUGUCAGGAGCGUCCUAAUUGGUCGGAAAAACCCAGAAGCCGCAGGGUUGUUAAAGAAGCCUGUCACCAACAACACCAACACAUUAACCGCUGGCACUCCAGUGAGUGCACGGAGCAAAGGCAGCGGGGGGAGCAGUGGUGCUCGUACUCCAACUUCCAGCCCAGAUACAACGCCUAACACACAUAUGGCGCUGUCAGAAAGUGAUGACUCCUCACUAAACUCAAUGGAUAUUGAUGGUCAUCCACAUCCACUUAAUGAAGAUUCAGACACAGGCCUAGAGUCCAUGUCCUCAGCAGAGACCCCACACAAACUCACAUUACAGUGCCCACUUUGUGGUGGUAAUGAGGAUGGGGUGUGUGCCCCCCAUGCUGACCCCGAGACUGUCAUGCGUCAGGUUGAUACACUCAAACACGAGAUCAACAAGCUUAAGUGUGAUAAACUAGAUCUUCUUCGCCAGAAUGUGACAUGUCAGAGAGAGAUAAAAAAGCUGAAGGAGAAAGAACUCAAGUUGGGUAGUGAACUCAACUCAGCCAGCAAGGAGAUCAUACGACUGCAAACGCUGCUCAAAGAUCUUGGCACUGGACAAGUCUCAGCCGUGUGAAGGAACCAAAGGUCAUCAUGUUGUCUGCUUUCAUGUCACACAGUUGGUAGAGUGACGUGAACAUCUUACUGUCACUGACCUUUAAGCCAGAGUGAAUUUUGGCAUCCAGGUUAAUGAGAACGAUUGCUGCUGGUCUACGGUGCAUAACUACCCUCGGGUAAUGAUGUGUUUUGGGAGUCACAGAAGAGAAGAAGAGAGAACAAUAGCCCAUACCUCGGAUCUGUUAAUCGAUCAAAAUUCAUCUGGAGGAUUCACACUUUUAGUUUCAGUUUUUGCUGAGGUGCUUCCCUGUAUGUCCACACAGUUUUGCAGGUCAUAAGAAGUUAGUUACAAAGUAUUUGAGUGAGUCUGGACAGUGUGUGUGUGAGGUUUGUACAACCACUCAAGUCACUUUAGGAGUGAAGUGGAAUGAUACCAAAGUUUUGUAUUUUGUGGUACAACUUCAGAUAGUGUGGGAGUUACCAAAGGAAGAAUGUAGGACCUGCUGGAUUUAGGCAUAUAGCUGGGAAUGUGCAUUGUGGUCAACAAAAGACAAAUAUUUAUGCAUUUAUUAUAGUUUAAAUCAACUUUUAGGUGAAUUAUUGAAAUGUAUUUCACCUUUCAUGUGCUUGUUUAGAUGGACACACUACACACCUCAGCUUUUUAUACCAAAUACAUAAUUUUAAGUUUUCUGGGGCGAGCAGUUUGCAUCCCCUUCAAUUUUAGUCAUUCCCAAAUUUUAUAUUGAUCAUAUUUUUUCCUGACUCAUACUACAUGAUUGUCCAUGAAUUUAUAAUGUAUAUGGCAAGGAGGACUUGAUUCAGAAUAGAUUUGUUCAGAUCCUUUCUUUUUGGUAUUGAACUCCCCUUGCCAAGAUUUAACUGCACAGUGAUGGCGUGUUGCCCCGUGUAGGGCGUGGACGACGUUGGCAUGGCAACCCAGGAUAACCUCCACCCCUCGCCCUUUAUUACAGGAUUCUUAUCAUAGGAUCCAUAGCUCAAUAUUGAUAACUUAUGCCCCUUUAUAUAGUAGUGAAUGGUCAACUCUGAAGUAGCAGACUGACUCUUAAAUUGUAGAUCAUUUAGUAGUACAUGUCAACACACUUUAUCAUGUUCAUCAUUGUACACUAAAAAAAAUCUCUAAUAGAUAUAUUUUCAAAAUUAUUAAUUUUUUCAACAUAAGAAAUAAGAAUAUUUGACUUCAAUAAGUGAAGCUGAUUGGAUAUCCAGUCAUCCAUUACAUAGGGUUAGAGAGAAGUUAGAUGUGUUUUAAUCUCAAAUUUUCAAGAAGACAAUAUACCUAAACUAAUCAAAGUAGUAUUGUACAUUAUGAUUCAAGGAGUAAUUCCCACCCACUGUAUCCCAUUUGAAUUUAGUUUAAGCCCUACUUUUUGUAGUUCGAUUGUGACUAUUUCACGCUUAUAAAAAAGUUGCAUUUAUUGUGAUGGGCAGGUAGUUAUGUUGUAAUUGCACAUACCAUACCAUCUUCCCAGCAUGUGUGUUCGUUAUGUAACCGGUGAGAUAGGGGAGUUGUGGCUGUCAGUAGUGAAACCUUUAUUCGCAGGGUUAUCAUGGCAUUAUCAUGCAAAUGGCGUCCACGGCACCUUGACCAUCAUAUCAUUGAUUAUACUAUUUGUACUCGUCAUGUGUCAACCCUGUAGGCUCUGUUAUUCCAAGUUUGAAUUAUGUGUUAUUAGUUUUCAAACAUAUGUAUGAAUUAUGGUGUUUCUCUGUAGGAGCCACUAAGGACUUGACAUGUGAUAAACUGUGGGGAGUUGUGCUGUGACACUGCUGGCUCACGUUACUCUCUGGAGCUUUACAUAACUUCUGUCACAGUCAUGUGAUGAAUCAGCUGUUGGGAAAACAUCAGCUGUUAAUAAUAGUAUUAUAAAGUGCUAUAAACUUUCUUGUAUAUUUAUCUAUCUGUCAGAAUCAUUUACCUCUCACCAAAUCAGCAGGAUGGCAUAGAAAAAGUCUCCUUGCAUCCUUAUCUUAGCCUAAUAUCACAUGCUCUUCUAUACCUAUGUCCCUGUUGCCUACACACCCUCUCACAUCAUCCAUCCAUUGCUCUUGUUCCACUUUCCCAGCUCCUUUUCACCUCCCAUUUUUUCUCUCUUCAAGUUGUAAACGUUUUAAGUUUUAGAGAUUUUACAAAUUUAUAUUUAAGUCCCCUUUCUUGAUGGAAGGCUGAAUGGUGCAUUGACAUGUGACCAGCAGUUAUAUAACGGUAGUGAGCAGUGUUAUGGCCAGCUCCUCCACCUGUUGCGUUCCAAUAUAGGUGUGUUACUGUGUGUGAUAAUACGUGGCGUCCAAUCUGCCCGUUGACAUCCCUGAUUACAUGUCAUUAUAUUCUCUGUCAGCUGUAACAGUGUGUAGCUGUACUACUGCACACCUUUGAUGUUUAUGGCCACAUUCACAACACAGAGCCAAAAAAAAUUACCAGCACACCAAACUACCAAGGAGGAAAAAAGUACAUAAAUAUCCUCUCCUUGGAAGGGAGAGGAGUUUGUGUGUAUGAGAGUCAAGUUAAGACUGAAGCUGGCUAGAAGAUAAUGGCGACUUUCCAGAGAGCUGAAGAAAAAUGAGCUCUGAUGGGUGAAGGGGUUAUGCUUAUUCCACACCAAGGUUGGGGGAUAGCAUUGUUCUGAUGCUCUUUCCUUAGGAAUUCACUCCAGGUGGGUUAUGGUGUGCGCAUGUUAAUCAUGAGGCAAUGUUUGUUGUGAAGGUAGCUUUUAGUGUAGGUAAAUUUCAGAGGCAUAGCCAAGCUAAACAAUAAGUCAGGAUCCGUCAAAAUGCUGACUGCAUUAUCACCCCCUCCAACUGUCAGGUUAUAUACACUAUAUAUACACAACUGAACCGCCUAUAAUUGGAGAAGAUAUGUACAAAAGAAUUUUAUUUUGCUAUUGUAGGUAGUCUUUCACUGACACACCCAGAAGGCAAAGUGUAAAUACUUGUAUUAGGAAGAUAUAAUAGAUCACAUUAUAUUACAGACAUCAAAUGUCAGGUUAAUAAUUUUUGCAAUACAGUACUGUACUCAUGAUCCCUGAAGCAAGUCUGUUGUGUUUAUUACGUCGAGCUUGAAGCCUCGUCCAACCAAUAUACUGUAGAUACAGUAAAAAAUGGCACAAAAUUCUCUAAUUUGAAGGAAAAAAGUAAUUGAAGAGAAUGUAUCCUAAAUUUGUUUAUUCUUUGUACUGUACAGUAUAAAUUUAAUUUAAUUUAUAAUUUAGCCACUUUUCAGUUUACUGGCCAUUCUGGUGGUUGGUCUGUUUAUUGUUAAUUUGUUACAACCUUCAUUGUUCAGUGUUAGUACUGUAUAAAAGGAAACCAGAGAACCUGGAGAAAACCUGCUUGGUAGGGUCACACUGGAUAAUGGACGGGGAAUUGAACCCAGGACACAGUGAAGAGAGGUAUGUGCACUACUGCUAUUGCCACCAUGAAACUACAUCUUAAAAUCUAGAGUUUGAUAUUUAAUUCUCCCAAAUCCACCAUCAAUUAAUAUAUUACAAUAUCCUAAUUGAUACCAUAUACUGUACCCUAAUUUUGUAGUAACAGGUUGUCACAACACCAAACUUUUGAGGUCCACAUUGUUGUGGUGUUCAUUUACAAAUCAAGUAUUGUACUGUACAGUAUAGGGUGUGAGUUUUGGAAAGUACAGGUAUUUCUCUUAUUAGUCACAGUUCCAUCAGUCAUUUAUAAUUUUAUUGUAUAAACAAAGACCACUAAAAUGAAUUGCAUUUCUGGAAAACUGGAAUUCAGUACAGUAAUGCUUUUAAAUUUUUCAGUGGUUUGUUUUUUAACAUGACUUUUUUUAAACAAAAGAGUGUGUGAGUAAACUGUAAGAAAGUUAAGCAAAAUAAAAAUACUUCUAUGAAGCUCAUACUUAUGACUCUUGACAAUAACAUUUAACAGACUUGGCUGUAUUGCAAAAGUGAUUUAAGUAUUGCCUUUUGGGUUCUGGAACCCAGAUAACACUGGCUAUAGCUCACCCAGAGUGUGUAUAUUAUGUAUCUACUGUUUGACGUAAAUUAUACUAUAUUGUGUGUAUAGUGAGUCAUAUUAAAGUCUCCACAGAUUA